AUGGACGCGAGGGCAGAGUCGUCCGGCGACGAUGCGGUCCCGGAGGUGCCGGAGCAGUCCGUCGUCCUCAUCUCCGCCGGCGCCAGCCACUCCGUCGCACUGCUCUCGGGAAAGAUGGUUUGCUCGUGGGGCCGGGGCGAGGACGGGCAGCUGGGCCACGGCGACGCCGAGGACCGGCCGGUGCCAACGGUGCUGACCGCCUUCGACGUGCCCGGCAUUUCCUCCGUCAUCUGCGGCGCCGACCACACCACCGCCUACUCCGAGGACGAGAUGCAGCUCUUCAGCUGGGGAUGGGGAGACUUCGGGAGGCUGGGGCAUGGCAACUCCACCGACGUGUUCAACCCGCUGCCGAUCCAGGCGCUGCAGGGGAUCAAGAUCAAGCAGAUCGCCUGCGGUGACAGCCACUGCCUCGCAGUCACCGUCAACGGGCAAGUGCAUAGCUGGGGACGCAAUCAGAACGGGCAACUUGGCCUUGGCAACAACGAAGACUCUCUACUCCCGCAAAAGGUUCAAGCUUUUGAGGGUGUCCGCAUAAGUAUGAUCGCCGCUGGCGCUGAGCACACCGUGGCGGUAACAGAAGAUGGGGAUCUUUACGGAUGGGGCUGGGGUCGCUAUGGCAACUUAGGUCUCGGCGAUCGUGACGACCGCUUUGUCCCGGAAAAAGUUUCUCCCGUAGAGGGAGAAAAGAUGGCGCUUGUUGCAUGCGGGUGGCGCCACUCGGUUGCUGUGUCCUCCUCUGGUGGCCUCUACACUUACGGCUGGAGCAAGUAUGGCCAGCUAGGGCAUGGCGAUUUCCAAGACCACCUAGUUCCACACAAGGUGGAAGCCCUGAAAGACAGUUCCAUUUCUCAGGUUGCAGGUGGGUGGAGGCAUACCAUGGCAGUCACUGAAGAUGGGAAACUUUACGGAUGGGGGUGGAACAAGUUUGGCCAGGUUGGUGUUGCCGAUAAUGAAGAUCAUUGUUCCCCCGUAAAGGUGAAUUUUCCUGAUGAACAGAAAAUUUCACAGGUAGCCUGUGGAUGGAGGCAUACUCUUGCUCUGACAGAAAACAAGAAUGUUUUCUCAUGGGGAAGGGGUACCAGUGGGCAGCUUGGUCACGGCGAAAUAGUCGAUAGGAACAUACCCAAGAUGAUUGAUGCACUAAGCCUGGAUGGAUAUGCCUGCAAGCAGCUGGAGGCAUCAAAUGCUGCUCCAAUGACAGCUGAACCCUGGGUCACACCAUCGGCGCGAUAUGCUAUCGUCCCCGACGAGAAUGUUUGUAAAUCUGGCAAUGGAACCGACACACAUGUGCCGCACAGCGAUGCCAAGAGGAUGCGCGUCUGAGCAUAUGUUCUGCUGCCACCGUCCUUGACCAUCUAGUAGUAUGCAAUAAGCUAGCUUGGGCAACUUUCUCCUUCACCAUCUAGUAUACAUGCUGUCCAGUUUUAGUCCAUUGCUUUCUUCCUAAAGUAAUGAUGUUUGCUUGCAACUUACUAGUAGUAUUAGCACCAUGGCGAAAAUAAUAAAUGUAUCCUUAAUCGAACCCUUUCAGGGUAUGAGUCAUA